AGAAAUAAACUACAAGUGCAAGUUAGUGAAUGUUAUCUCAUGCGUAGCAAGCAACAAGCAUUGGUACACUCCGAAGAGGAAUCACACCAAUUACAAUUGUCCAGCUCUGGCAAUCUGCAACUCAACAAUCAUCUUCAAAAUUUGGUCCACGCGAGUAAAGAGCUAUCGACUGUGAAGACGAGGCCGACGACACCCGUCCUGGCGAACGACGGAGGGGGCGGCUUCUGGCUGGCCACGGUGGCCGCGGGGGCAAGUACCCCAGCCGGGCUGCCCCCGCACGGGACUCAUCAUCCAGCCAUGGAUCCAACAUGCGGAUCCGCCGAAACCGGCUUCAUCAACAGUCAGCCUUCCAUGGCCGAAUUUAUGACGGCGUUGCCACAAUUAACUGGGGAUAGCAGUCUCCAACACUCGCCGGGAACUGGUGGUUCCAUCAGUCCUGGUGCUCAUCAUCCCGCGUAUCAUACCAUGAUGGAUCCUCACGGUGUCGCUGACCCCUCGGGUGUCAACGUUCCUGAAUAUCCCUGGAUGAAGGAAAAGAAAACUACUAGGAAAAGUAAUCAGCAAGAGAAUGGUCUACCAAGAAGAUUACGAACAGCUUAUACAAAUACACAACUUCUCGAGCUGGAAAAAGAAUUUCACUUCAAUAAAUAUCUUUGUCGACCGCGAAGGAUAGAGAUCGCAGCCUCAUUGGAUCUUACAGAAAGACAGGUAAAGGUUUGGUUUCAAAAUCGGCGGAUGAAACACAAGCGACAAACGCUUAGCAAGGAAGACGGCGACGAAAAGGAUGGUUCCACAUCGGAUGGCAUGGAAAAACCUAAAAGUGACAAAAUGUUAUCCGCUGAUAGUGACGAGAAGAAGAGCUGUCAUAACUGUGAUAUUUCGGGUGUAGGCGAUGUCGGAAGUACCCUCACCGGCGACGUUACCGAUUUAGGUUCUUCCGGUCGAAGGAACAGCAACAACAACAAUACACCUGGUGCAACUAAUAACAAUAAUAAUAACAACAACAGUAACGCCGGCUUUAAUACGAACAGCAACGGUGCCAGCAGCGUUGGCAGUACCAACAGUGUCUCCAGCUCGUUCGAAAAGAUGAUUGUGGACGACGAUUCGAGAUCGCAAGAUGGAAGCGAAGUGACGUCGCCAAGCGUGACAAAAAAAUUAUCGGGCGAAGUAAGAGUGAAGGUUGAGAGUGGCCAUAAGAGUCCAAACACAGCAAAACAACAACAGAUUUCGGUGAGUAAGAAAUCGCCAUCGGCCAGCACAAAGGAUAUGUGUUCAGUGAACAGCAAUGGUGUCUUGUUGGCCAUGCCGGACUCGACGGUCAGCACGCCAGUUUUACCGGGUCAAAAUUCUACAAGGAGUUUGACGCCAUCCUCGACACCCGGUACCCCCGUUUCCGUCCAGCUUCAGCAGGGCAGCCCUCUCAGUAUUCAGCAAGCGGCUCACACGGCUUACAUGCAGAGGCCGCGAAGCUCGCCAUCCUCUACCACCUCGUUACCAGCCCCGAUGUUGCACGCAUCUACGAACCCGGGAACGAUGUCGCCGCACGGUGGUCGAAAUCUCUCGAACAAUCAGCAAGCACAUUUCCAACAGCAGGGCGUGUAUCAACCAACGCCGGCUAUCGAUUAUCGAAACGGUGUACCCGCCAAUAGGCAGAAUAUACCUGCAGCAUCGCAACAGACGCAAUCGCAGAGCAGUUACUGUAGAGACACGUAUCAGCAACCAAGAAUCUCUUAUCCGAGUGAGGUAAAUCCUCUGUACGUCAGGCAGAAUCAAGCGGUGGGCUCAAGAGUGGCGCAUCACGUGAGAGCGACGGGCACGGCAUCGAGGUCUAUGUAUGGCGCCAACAUGCAGUUCCAUCAGCAACAAUUACAGUACGGCAGCACUGGAGAGUAUAACGGAUAUCCUCAAGCCGGGCCACCUUAUCAUGCUUAUCAUAGAGGUAUGCAAAGUACCAAUGCGUACAAUUCCGGCCAAGGAUAUUCGGCGACGCAGAACGAGCAAAAUACCGACGGUUACAUGACUCCUGGAAAUUAUGGUUACUCGACCGGCGGCAAUUAUCACGGAACCGGGGAGAAUCUGGCGACGCACGGACACGCCGCCGUAUCCGCGCAGGCCGGACAGCAUUAUUUCAAUGAUAUCCAACAGCAGCAGCAACACCCGCAGCAACACACCGCCGAGGGCUACGUCACUCAUCAGCCGCCAAUGCAUCCAAGUUCCGGCGACUACCGACCGGGGAACAAGUGUCACCCGGGCGCGUAUUACGAGCAGACCGCCAGUCAGCUGCACGUUCAUCAGGGCGGCGAGGCUUCCAGCAUCCCGAACAGCUACGUAUCGUCGCCCGAUCCGUUUCCGGCGCCCGGCAUGACGACAACCGCGACGGCGAUCGCAGCUGCCACCGCAGCGGUCAUCACGCCACCCGGAAGCGCCGGCCAGGCUGACAGCAACAACGAAUCCUACGGCAAUUACGGGAAUUUCUACGGUGAGCCGGUGCACACCGCCGCGGCGGCGGCGCCGCCGCCGUCCGCCGACAACAGCAACAGCUCGUCCGACUUCAAUUUCCUCAGCAAUCUGGCAAACGAUUUCGCACCCGAGUAUUAUCAGCUCAGCUGAGUCCACGAGACCGAAAAUCCCUGCCAGCUAGACUGGGGCGACGAGCAAUGCCUGCUCAACGCUUUGUACUGAAGCUAACACAUUGUGCUCGUCGCAUAAGAAGCUAGGUGAUUUGUACAUACUUCUAAUACUCGUGAUUUAACACUCUGUGGAAAUCGUGUAAAAAUAAAAUAGAUUUAAAUCGGAAAUAUCAUCGACAGUGCGUGUGUCUAUAAAUCUAUGCCAGCUGAUCUAAGUUGUUGAAUGUCUUCUAAUAAUUCAAAGUGAUUAUUUCCGCGAAUUGUGUUGAAAUUAUUUUCGAGACUGGCUGCUUUAAUCAAGAUACGAGGACUCUCUUAUGUGACAUAAUUGUAUAUAGAUACUUAAAUUGACUUCAACAACUGCAAGCAUAUCUGAAGCCUGAAAGAACAAAAAGUUAUCGACUAUAGUCGAUAAUCAGUCGAUGAUGUUAUUACGCAUCCGAGUAAUAUCAAUUUUAAUAUACCUUAUCAUCAAACAGGAUAUAACUCUACUAAUUUACAUUCCAAACAUUGAGGAAUACAUACAACGGUGACAACGAGUGCAAUGGUUGUGUUAAUUUUAAAUGACGAUAACGGAGUUCCCCUAUUAACAGAAUUUUUAAACUAUGUUACAAAAUUGACAUUCACAACCCUUUCGGUACGAAACGCGUUUAAUCGCAAAAGGUAAAGAAUGAUCUGUGAGUGAUAUUAGACUGAUAUAUGUGAGCUGUGGUUUAUAAAUGUGCAUGAAAGGUGUUGUAAAUAUGUAUCAGAAGUUUACCACAUUAUUACGGAAUGGAAAUUCGAUAGAGAGUUUCGAUUCAACGAUCCCAUUCUUAUGAAUGGAAACACGAGAUAUAAGUGCAAUCUUCUUGACGUGAACGGUUUUUAUAUUAGGUGCAUCGUUAGGAUGUUCAAAAAAAACUAGAUUGUAUAGAUCACUGAAAUCAUAUUGCCCUUUUGUUUUCGGUGUGACUUCAAUCACUGGCAAAAAAUGCGUUCCGUCGAAACAUUUUAUCUUAUUUGAAGAUCUCGAGGAUAAAGAUUUAAGGAAAUUUUUAAAUUUACACAUCCAAAUGAUUUAAUUUUAAUAUGAUAGCGAACGGAAUCGUAUAACGAAAUCGUAUUUUGUUUAAAACAAUAAAAUGAGGCCUGAGACUGUAGGUGCAUGUGAGCAAUAAUUGACAAUGAAACUAUGUACAUAUAUAUCAUACGAAGGAUAGAUUAAUGGAACACAAGUGAAUAAGAAAAAAAUCGCAUUUAUAUACAGUCACGAUUACUAUAUCGAGUAUACAAUUUCUGAAAAGUGAAAUAGGCACAAUCGAUUAGUUUUAAUUAAAUACAGGAAAUAGAUGUCUAUCUCUCUCUCUUAUAAAAAGAGAUCAAUGUUCUCCAAUUGAAUAUGGAAACUAGUUAAAAAUCAGUUAUUUGGCCACUAUUGCGAAAAGAAACAAUUGCACUUGUAAAAAUGUUGCGCUAUUCGUUUUGUGAAAAAAUGAAACAAGUUUUAAAGUUAAUUCGAAUUAACGUAUUAUUCUGUGUCGUAACUAAUGUUAUUUAAUGAUGAAUGGAUAUCGUUAAGCAAUAUUUUGAAUGAUAAUUCACUUCUUCAGAUUGCGACGAUGUAUUUAUUGUAAUAGUUGAUAUUCACCGAACAUUGGUUUGCAUUAUCAUUUUUUCACAAAUCGCAUUUAUUUAAAAGCCCUCUAACGCUACUUUAAGCGAACCAAAUAAAUUAUUGUCUUACGGUAGAUAAUAUAUAAAAGUAAAUGUAGAGACAUAAUUUUAAUUUUCACCUCGCGCGGUAACAUAUUUAAUACGCAGCUCUUUUUGUAUAAAACACUAGACGCCGUCGUUGUUCAUAUAAAGAUUCUCAUGUACAUACGCGCGUACGAUAACCGUAUAUAUAUUGGUUAUUCAUUCUGACUACAUAAUUGUGUUGCAAGUGAGCCCUUGACACGGUAAACGAAGUUAUCACACGUGUACAUUCACUCAUCGGUACAUUUGACAAAUACAAAUCAUAGUGAAAAG